CAUCAUUUGGAGAUCUGACCACAAACAUGGAGACUGAGUCGUCCAGUGGAAAAGAGACUAUGGACACGGCGGGUGACAGUUCGGAGGCGGCGGAUGCACAGACGGGGUCUGGAGACGAUGAGAACGGCCGUCAGCUGGGGGAAGUGGAGCUGCAGUGUGCGCUGUGCAUGAAGUGGUUUACGGCGGACACGUUCAGCAUCGACACGGCAAAUUGCCUGCCGUUCGUGACAAAUUAUGUGUUUCACUGCAAUGUGUGUCACCACAGUGGAAACACGUACUUUUUGAGGAAACAAGCAAAUCUGAAGGAGAUGUGUCUCACUGCUUUGGCAAAUCUGACAUGGAGGUCCAGAACUCAAGAGGAGCAUCCCAAAACAAUGUUCUCUAAAGAUAAGGACAUCAUACCAUUCAUUGACAAAUACUGGGAGUGCAUGACGACCCGCCAGAGGCCCGGCAAACUCACAUGGCCAAAUAAUAUCGUCAAGACUAUGAGUAAAGAGCGUGAUGUUUUCCUGGUGAAAGAACAUCCAGACCCCGGCAGUAAAGACUCUGAAGAGGACUAUCCCAAGUUUGGCUUGCUUGAUCAGGAUCUGGCCAAUAUUGGACCGUCGUAUGACACCCAGAAGCAGAUUACGGCUAUCACGGGUGCUGGAGGGUUAAAUGGUGGAUCGACUUUUUCAGGUGGGCUUCCUCCAGCCGCUACAGGUAAAGGCCGAGGAGCCAAACGCAAACAGCAGCAGCAACAGGACGGAGCCGUGGCUGGAACGGCCAAGAGAACACGCAGUGACCCGCUGUUCUCAGCGCAGCGCCUGCCACCUCAUGGUUAUCCUCUCGAGCACCCCUUCAACAAAGACGGUUACCGCUACAUCCUAGCCGAGCCGGAUCCCCACGCUCCCGACCCGGAAAAACUGGAGCUGGACUGCUGGGCCGGGAAGCCCAUCCCUGGAGACCUGUACCGCGCGUGUCUGUACGAGAGAGUGCUGCUGGCGCUGCAUGACAGAGCUCCGCAGCUAAAGAUUUCAGACGACCGCUUGACGGUGACCGGAGAGAAGGGCUACUCGAUGGGAAUUUUCUCAAAGGCGCUGAUCAAAUUCAAAAGCUACUUGUACUUUGAAGAGAAAGAUUACGUGGACAAGGCCGAGAAGAGUUUAAAACCCACCAGUUCCAGCCGAAUUAUAUUUUUUAAGAACGGAGUGAAUCAAGGUGUGGCCUAUGAGGAUCUGUUCGAGGGCAUGUAUUUCCCCGCCAUAUCCCUCUACAAGAGCUGCACGGUGUCUGUUAAUUUUGGACCUCACUUCAGAUACUCACCAAAAGACAUCAAGUUUCAGCCAAUGAGUGACAUGUGUUGGGGUGCUGUGACUGAACACACGCUGGCUGAUAUGCUGUACCACGUGGAGACCGAAGUAGACGGCCGACGGAGCCCCCCGUGGGAAGGUUAAAUCAAUGCAAAAUUUCAGCCCAAAUAAGGCUGAAAACAUGUUUUCAUGUACCAUUCUCAACAGCGCACAGCAUUUUUUGUUUUAUAUCAUUAAAUCAUUUGGUUAGUCGUAUUCUGUCCUUGUUUUCUAUGCAAGAUUCAAAAUGUCUUUCUCAUAAGUCAGCAUGCAUUUCUCAUAUUUCGGUUUUUAUUUAAUGAAACCUCACACUGCACCAGAUUGUGAUGUUGAUGGAUGAGUCCAGCUAGAAAAUGAUGUUUCGGAUGUUUUAUCUUUUAUGUAAGCUUGUUUUAAUAGUUACAUACUACGUUUCCUCAUACUGCAGGUUUAUUUUAGUAUCAGUCAUAUGAUUUCAUUUCCGUCAUACAGUGACCUGUUGAAGUCUGAUGUUCAGUUGUGUGUGAUGUGGUGUGUGUGUUUAACAGUGUUCUCCGAUGCCAUGGGUUUCCAUUCAUGGUUUUUAUCAGUUGUUUAUUUCUUAAGUGGUUUGUAGUCAUUCAGAUAGAUGUAAAAUAUAUAUUUUUUUGUUGUAAACCAUGUUUUAUACACAAACUUGUUUUAAUAAAGUAAUCUAAAGGAAUAUAA